CACAAUGAAGAGGGAACUUUCUCACAACAUGAUGACUUGUGGCACCACGAUGCAGUCAGUGAAAUCAGCUGGAUUGUCUCUGCUUCUGAUGUCUUUUCUUCUUUACGUAGCUGAUUCUUACCCCAGCAUGGACUCACCAAACAUGGGCUGUCCGGAGUGCGCACUGAGAAGGAACAACCAUUUGCCUGGCGACCACCCAAUCUACCAGUGCGUGGGCUGCUGCUUCUCCAGAGCUUACCCGACACCUCUCUGGUCCUUGAAGACCAUGAGGAUCCCAAAGAACAUCACCUCAGAGUCAACAUGCUGUGUUGCGAGUCGCAGCUACGAGGUAGAGUCAGACAUGGUUAAUAUAAAAGUAUUAAACCAUACAGAGUGUCACUGCAGCACCUGCCACCAUAACAAGAUAUGAAGACGGACCUGGAGACCUUUCUGCAGCGCUUAACUUGGCAACAAAUUCUAUCACUUUUACAAUGUAUGUUGAUAUGUUGCCAGAUAAUGUUUUUGUAGCAAUACUGUCUGUAUAAUAAGCCUGUGUUUUAGUUGGUAGAUGUAUAUGAUUCAUUGUAA